AUGAUCCCCUACCGCCAACUAGCCCGGAUGUCUCAUCUGGCAGCACGAUUCGUCGGUGGCUCUGACGUCCACGUUGUCGAUCCACUAGUAGACAUGCGGAACGUCUUCGAGCAAGAAGACCAACUAAAAAUCGCUCUAGAAUCCCGAAAUCUGAAUGUAGACGUGGAGAAAACGAAAAAAGACUACAACGAGUGGUUCGACGUCUAUCAAAAAUGGAAAGCAGCGGCUGGUGACAAAGAAUCGGCGUCGGCACUGAAAAAAGAGCUUCGCGCCAAAAAAGAUGGUCUUCUGAAUGCUUUAGAGCUUCCGAAUUUCAUUCAUAGUGCUGGAAAAAAGCAGACACCGCUGUUAAAGCCUUCAAAACAUGCACAAUACCUCGCCCAGCAGGGGCUAAUGCGAAUCGACAAACAAACACACGUCAUCCAUCUCGUCGGCUAUCCAGUCGUCGUGCAGAAAAUGAUUCGCGAGCAACUAGUCGAUCUGUUCCCGGGAUGUCAGCCGAUUUCGCCUUCCUACAUCGCACGCGCCGCUAUUUUGGAGGCGUUGAAUGUCGAUAAAUCCACGUUUAUUCCGUUUACAGAUGGCUCCGCAAGCUUUCCAUUGACCUAUUUAGUGGGCAACUCGCUAGCAGCCAUCACCGCGCCGUUUAUGAAAAGCUCGUUUAGCGAGAAGAACGAGUGGCCGAUCAGUGUUCAGUGCACCGGAGCGAGUUAUAUGGAAAAGAAAAAUCAAGUGGACCUUUGCAACGCCCGUCAACGAAUGAAACACUGUGCACUGUGGAUGACAAAGUCUUCUGAAGACCUGGAAGCCAUUGUUAACGAUGCCAACGUUCGUGUAGGCGCCUACCUCGACGAGGGCCUCGAGCUAGAAGUGAAAGUGAGAGAGCUACGUGGCAGCGAGCUCAAGAACUACGAAUCGCAAGCGUUCGUCAUCGAGAAUCGCGGGUUGACACUGUCGAGGAUCUCCAGAAUCGGCGAUUAUGUGUCGAAGAGGCUCAAUAUUCAGUAUACAGCUUCAGAAGGAUCCGAAAGUUUUGUGCAAAUGGUUUACGUGGAGACGGAUAUCGACAGGAUUCUCGCGAGACUUGUGGACGAUUUGAUUGAGGGAAAGGAGCCGCCUAAAUAUAUUCGAGAUGCUAUUAAGAAGAGUUUUUAA